GUCAUGUUAAUGCAAAUAAGUUAACACUCGAAUGCAUUAAGCAUUUGCACCCACCCAUAGUCGGCGUUCGAUACAAGAUCAUAGCAAGUGAACAACUUAGGGCAGUUGUUACGCACAGGAGCAAUCGUCACUACCAUCCACAAACACACCCUGUACUGCCAUCCACGAACACACACUGUACUGCCAUCCACGAACACACAUUGAAAGUAGCGGUUAUUGCAAUCUAAUAAGCAAACUGCGCUUAUAUCUCGAAAACCCGGUACUUAUAUAUAAAUAGCUCAGCCAGCAUGAAACUGCUCGUUGGUUUAGCGCUCCUGUGUGCGCAAGCAGCGACGGCACAGCGAGAAUUUCAAGACAUACAGGACGUCAUGGAAGAAGGUGGUGGGGGUGAUGCGGAUCCCGAAACUGUGGGCAAUGUGUGCUCAGAUCCACGUGCGAGUAAUUAUAUCGGAGACGGCAAUACACUUUCCGAGGAUGUAGAUGACUCUGUGUGCCUCCACCAAAUAAUGAGUGUGGAACCGGGAGUUUGGACGAGUAUGCCCGAAUACUGUGUUGGAAACGGAUUUGACUGGAACAACGAUGAGAUGACGGACUGUUACGAUGCAGCUCCGCGUUGGGUCCCCCCAUUCGACAGAGAUUUCUCAGUAGCCAAUUGCACAGACCCACGUGACUGUACAAAUCCACUGGAGGUGCACGUAGUCAGCGCUAUGGUGGAGGUGUUGAAGUUUGAAAUCUCGGAAGAUACGUUUACCGUAUCAAUGGUCUACGCUGCAAAAUGGAAGGACCCACGCUUAUUUUAUAGUUUAGUGCGAGAUAUCGAGGCUGUGUGGCGACCUGAGUUUGGGAUGUCGGCCACCAUGACCGACAGAGACCUACUUCCCCUGCCCGUUAUAUCCAUAGAAAAGCUGAUUUUAGACCAGCGCAUCUAUGUGAGUCCACCCCAGUGCAAUGCGCAGGAUGCUGAUCUCCAGGCCAACGGACAGGAUGUGGGCUGUUGCAACCCUGGAGAAGAGUGCGCCGGUAGUUUGGAGGAAUUUGCCUCCUUCGUCGACUGUCCUAGUUUCGAUGAGUGUUGGGUUCAGGCGUCUCAGCGCAUCGAUGCCACCUACCGGAUCGGCAGCGGGUUGGACGUCGCUGAUUUCCCAUUCGAUAGCCACAACGUGGAACUGGCUUUGUAUUUGGUCAACCCGUUCCGUUCCACCGACCCAGAUUGGUGGGUAGAGCACAGGCCUACGCCUCCCGUGGUGAAGUUCAACGAUUACCAAUCCAAUAUUCCCACAACUGAGGGUAGCCUGAAGUACUCUAUCGACCGAAUGGACUUGUCGGGGUGGGGUAUGGCCAGCACUACGUCUGAGAAGAACAGUACAGCUCUGAGCUAUCUAAUGAAGUCGGGCCAGUACCAAGACGUUCUUGCCCGAUCGCACAAGUACGGUGUCCAGGCAGUCACAGCCAACAUAAACUUCUCUCGGUGGAGCGCCAUUGUGUCGCGGUACAACUUGUUCCCCAUGGCUCUGAUUGGUAUCAUGACAGCAUUGACACUCAUUAUAGACGAUGACGCCGUUACGCAAGUGUCUGUGCGUGUUGGAUUCGGGGCUCUGGCCAUCUUUGUUUCCCUCGAACCUAGGUCUUUGAACCUCAUCGCUAUCGCUGGUAGUGAGAAGCAGAUCACCGUGGUUGACGCAGUCUCUAUCCUGACCAUCUGUCUCGGCGGCUGUGUGAUGAUCCACGCGAUAUUGAGUUACUGCUAUUGGCGACAUCUCGAUGCUGACCCCUACAAGGAGUGGACCUGCUGGAAAGUGCGGUGCAUGGAUCGAGUGGUGGGAUUAACAUUGACCUUGCUGUACCUGUACCUCUUUGUGCUGCUCGUGAUAAUUCCCCAGUCCACAACGGCGACCAUUGUGUGGGGUGUGACAGCUGGUCUGAUCUCCCUGGCCGUCUGGUGCGUUGUUGGUAUGUACAUCUACAGGUGGGCGCUCAAGGCGCGAAUCCAACCGGACUCUGGUACUGACAGUUUGAAGGGCGACUCGAUUAACUCGGCCAGUAAUAAUUAUUCCCAAACUGGGUCGGAGGCGUUUCGAAGCUCGUUCGUUAGUCAUAGCAGGCUUUAAUAUUAGAUAUAAUUGGCUAAACCCGGUAACUCGGUAGCAAUUUUUAUGGACUGGCACGGUACGCGAUGGUUGUCCCGUGUUGAAAUCGUAGUUCAAAUUUAAAAUAAAUAGAAUAUUUGACUUGGCUUAUACCACAA